UUUUGCACAAUUGGACCAAAAGAAGCAUAUUUUGGGAUUUGCCUUAUUGGAGACACAACCUAUUGAGGCUUAAUCUUGAUGUUAUGCAUAUAGAGAAGAACGUGUUUGAAAAUGUAUUUCAUACAAUUAUGGACAACAAAGAGAAAACUAAGGACAAUGAGAAGGCACGAUUGGACUUAGCAGAGUAUUGCCACAGAAAGGAGUUGUUGCUGAAAAAAAAAUCCUAAUGGGAAUUAUACCAAACCUAAAGCCAAGUUUUGUUUGACAAAUGAACAGAAAAAUGAUGUGUACGAAUGGGUGAAGGGGUUAAAGAUGCCUGAUGGUUAUGCUUCCAAUUUAGGUAGAUGUGUGGUACAAAAUAUAAAAGACUCUUUGGGAUGAAAAGCCACGAUUGUCAUAUAUUCAUGGAAUGUCUACUUCCAUAGCUUUUUGUGCUCUUCCUGAACCAAUAUGAAAACCCUUAACUGAACCCAGUCAAUUCUUUAGAGACUUGUGUUCAACAACGUUGCGAGAAGGUCACUUAUUACAAAUGGAACAAAACAUUCCUAUAAUAAUAUGUAAGUUGGAGUGUAUCUUUCCACCUGCAUUUUUUGACUCUAUGGAGCAUUUACCGGUUCAUUUGCCUCUUGAAGCUAAGUUGGGUGGGCUAGUUCAAUAUCGUUGGAUGUAUCCAUUUGAAAGGUUUAUAAAUAAAAUUAAAAAAACCGUAAAAAACAAAAAAAAAAAUGUGGAAGGAUGUAUUAGUGAAGCAUAUUUGGUUCAAGAGAUAACCUAUUUCAGUACCCAUUAUUUUGUGCCUCUUGCCCAAUAUGCAAGUACAAUUGGCCUAAAUAAGAGGACUCAUCAAGACCAUGUGAUACAAACUUUGCCUAUCUUUGAAAAUUUACAUGGCGAAACAAGUGGAAAAUGCAGUGAUAGGUGGCUUAACGAUAAAGAAUUGGCGGCUGCCCAAUUGCAUGUUCUCUUAAAUUGCAUUGAGGUUAAGCAAUUCAUUGAGAUGUAUGUACAAAGUUUGAAAAGUAUAUAUGGAGAUCUCAAUGACAAUGUCAUUGAUACACAAAUAGAAGUUGACUUUCCGCGAUGGUUUCAAGAAUAUGUGACAAAGAAUCACAAACUUACGAUGCAAAACCCUAACUUGUAUGACUUGGCAAGAGGACCCUUGAGACUAGCAAAGUUAUGGCCUAUUUAUCAUGUGAAUGGAUACCAAUUCAACACAACUUCUUGGGGUGAAGGCAAAAUAACAUAUAAUAGUGGAGUAUGUGUUAAGGGAAUUGGUCAAGGUGAAACCUCAAGUGAUUAUUAUGGUGUUGUUUCCGAGAUUCUAGAAUUUGAAUGGCGAAGUCAAGCAACACGAAAGCUAAUUUUAUUUUACUGUGAUUGGUUCGACCCUUCAAGUCGUGGAAUGAGGAUACAUAAUCAAUACAAGAUUGUAGAAGUACGAAAAGGGAGAAAAUACGGUAAAUUUGAUCCUUUUAUUUCAAAAUCUGCAACUCAAGUUUACUAUUCACCUUAUCCUGGGCGCCAAAGAGUUGAUUGGUUGGUAGUUAUGAAGACAAAGCCGAGAGGGGUUGUUAAUGAUAGGCAUACUUUAGAAGUUGAUUUUCAAGUGCAAGAAUCAGAAGUUAAUGCAACAAUUGAAGAUGACCCAAUUGAUAACUUACAAGAUGAUUCAGUUUAUGGUGAAUAA